AUGGUACAAAGCUCGAUUAGUUCUGAGGAGAUCAAAUCUAACUCCUCUUCUUCUAAUAAUGAUCAAGUCACUGUGAUUCAUUAUUUACAAGCCUAGGAAUUUCUUAAACUUUAUAAAGAAUUUGAAGUUUAAAUGAUGUUGUCUUUUAGCAAAAAGUGCUAUGCAGUGAGUAAAAAGUGGUUUGAUAAGUUUAAAUAAUUCGGCGACAGUCUAAAAAGCUUCGAUGAAUAAAUUAGACAGGCUAAUCUAGGAUCAUGGAAUACUAAUAGUAACAUAGAGAUCCCUGCUUAAUACCCAGGCCCAAUCAUGAAUUUCCAACUUGUUGAUGUUGAGCAGCCAUAUCUUGGUGACCUAUACUCUUUAGAUAUGAACAAUCCUCAGUCAUGGAUUGAGAAUUUCUAGGAUUGGAGUUACAUGAAACUGAAAAAUGAUAUUGAAAGAAAUAAGGAUUUCGUACUCGUAAGUCUAAUUAUCUGGCAGAAGCUCAUUCGAUAUUUCGGAGGUGCACCAGAGAUCGGGUUUUACUUGGUUGAUAGAAAACAUAUCGUCAAUCAGGAUCCUCAAGGCUCCGAAUCAACAACUCAAUAGAUCACUGAUAUUUAUCAGCCUAAUGAGUUUCAAGCCAAAGAGAUACCUGAUCUUAAUCCUAUCAUUGUUAAAGUAAAUUGCGUGGAUGGCAUGCAUAAAUAAAUGAAAGGGAUACUGGUCUCUAAGCAUAUUGGAGUGAAAAACUUCUUGAAUUCUAUCUCAGGCAUGCUUAAUUUCGCCCCCACAAAGGUAUCUCUUUAUAAGGCUUGGGUUGAUAGAUCAAUCAAUUAGAUAAGAUACGAAUAAAUUUAAAACAAGGGAGCAAGCGCUUUAAGAUUGAUAGAUCAUUAAAUUGAUGACAUCGAAAAAGAUGUUGAUGGAGAUGUUAGAUACAAACUUUUUAUUUUACAAACAGAAGGGAUUGCCAUGAACCCGUAGAACAAGUUGGAGCUGAUCUAAUCUAUGAAAUAUCUGCUUAAAUGUGACAGCGUUUACAGAGAUGAAAAUUCUUUUGAUAAUUGUUAGGACAAAUAUUUUGAUGAAAAUAAUGAUAAGAAAGAAGUUCAAAGAAUGUACUCACCACAGAAAAAUUAGAGAAGAAACGGCUAGUUUGGCUUAAAUUUACAAACAACAACUGAGCUUCUUUAACCGAGAUAAAACUAAGAUAUUCCCGAGGAAUAUGCAAAUGAUCCAGAUCUCUAUUUUGCAAUUUAAGCCUCCCUUGGAGUGUUUGAAGAAAAAACUGAAAUUACUAGAGAAAACUUAACAGGUUGGGAUAACUACACUUAAAGCAAUGAGAAUCCAAACUUUAGUAUUAAUGCUAUUAAUAGGAAAACUCCAUCUACUGAUGAGGAAUUUUCUGCGAAAAAUAAUCAAUCUCUAGAUCUUGGAGACUUUGAAAUGGAAGAUGAGGAUCAGUUUAUGAGACCUGAUAUAGAAAGAAGAGGUAAUAAUAACACCCCCAAAAUUUUUAUUUCUGCUCUGGAAGAUGACAAUAAAAAAGCUAAUACUUAACAAAAUGAUAAAUAGAAAACUCCAUAAUAAACUAAACAGGAAAAGAUGAAGAUAAUUAGAGAACAGAAAAAAGAUUAAUUCUUGGAAAUGAGAGAUCGGGCUAGAAGAGAAGUUAAAGGUUAAGGUAUCUUUAGCGAUUCUAUUGAUAACAGACUUUCAUAUUCCACUCAAGUUAUGGCUCAUAUGGGGCCAAUCAAAUCCUUUGGUGAAUUGAAGGACUCUAUUUUGAAGUUAAGGGAAAACUUCGAUGCUAUAGUAUUAGGUAAAAUUCAAGUCACUGACAACUCUCCUCUUAAGAAAAAGGAUCUACUUAAUGAUUUUGAGAGCGGGGAUGACGCACUUGGUGGAGGCUCUUAAAAAAAUUAUAAUAUGAAACCGUCAAAGAAGAGUAAGGAAAGAAAGAAAAAUAAGUCAGAGCAGGAGCUAAUAGUAACUUCAGUUAAAUGA